GGCGCAGCGCGGGAGGCGGCGGCGGCGGGUGGCCCAGUGCCCGGGAGGCGGCGGCGGCGGCGGCUGGUCCCGGCCCAGGCAGCGGCAGCAGCAGCCGGAGCCGAGCCUGACAUGAUGUUUCCGCAAAGCCGGCACUCGGGCUCGUCUCACCUGCCACAGCAGCUGAAGUUCACAACCUCCGAUUCCUGUGACCGGAUUAAGGACGAAUUCCAGCUCCUGCAGGCUCAGUAUCACAGCUUGAAGUUGGAAUGUGACAAGCUGGCCAGCGAGAAAUCAGAGAUGCAACGUCACUAUGUCAUGUAUUACGAGAUGUCCUACGGGCUCAAUAUCGAAAUGCACAAACAGGCUGAAAUUGUCAAGCGGUUAAAUGGGAUUUGCGCUCAAGUCUUGCCCUACCUGUCUCAAGAGCACCAACAGCAGGUCCUGGGAGCCAUUGAACGAGCCAAGCAAGUGACCGCACCAGAGCUGAAUUCCAUCAUCCGUCAGCAGCUUCAGGCUCACCAGCUCUCGCAGCUCCAGGCUCUGGCUCUCCCCCUGACUCCGCUGCCCGUGGGCCUCCAGCCCCCUUCCCUCCCGGCUGUCAGUGCCGGCACUGGGCUCCUCUCGCUCUCCGCCCUGGGCUCCCAAGCUCACCUCUCCAAGGAGGACAAGAACGGUCACGACGGGGACACCCACCAAGAUGACGACGGGGAGAAGUCGGAUUAAAGUGAGGGGUUGGGGGGAGGGGUUCAGUAAAAGAUGCAGUAUCACUCUGGUCAACGCUCCGCAGAACUGCAGUAGUCUGUACGGUGGCAGCCCACCAGGCACGCAACCCAUGCGGUGCCCCCCCUCCCCCAUGCCCGGGAUGGGGGGGGGGGGAGCGGGAAUCCGAGCCUCCAUCUUCCUUGAGAACGGAGUAGAAAUGAGGCAGCAACAAACACCACGGCUACGAACGCGGGGCUGUUAAAUUCCACUCUCCGCCAGCCCCCCAGAUCCCUCGCCGGCCUGGGCUCGGGCCGAGCACUGCUGUCCCCAGCUCUUGGCCUGCAGUAGGUUGAUCUGACCCCGGGCUGGGCAGAUGGGCCCAGCUGUGUCUGGACUCUGGGUACUGCAUGCAAGCCCAGUGGUACCGUUCUGCCUCUUUUCUCCCCCCGCCGCCCCUCCCCGAUGCGUAUUUAAAGAUACAGACCCGUUCUCCAUCCCAGUCCUCCCUGCCCCUCCAUGCCCCCACCUCUGUAGGUUUCGAUUGCAUCUCGCUGGUUCUGGACCGGUUCUCUCUCGGCACCCCACCUACACUAGUGCCCGCUUUGCACCUUGCUGCCCUGCAUGUAUCCCUGUUUAACCCGUCCUGGGAGCACAGUACUAGUCCAGCGCCCCCAGGCACCAGGUGUUUCUCUUCGCGCUGCUUCUCCACUUGUGGCUGGAGCCCCCCCGCCCGCUGGCCCUCCUCAGCCUUGGACCUGGCUGUCUGUGAUGGUGGGAGGAAGGGAGGGGAGAAAUCAGACCAGAUUAGAACCUCCCCCCCCUCCCACUUCCCUGCCCCCCCACCGUUUGAAAAAGGAUACUGCAGCUUUCUCUGUUUCUAUUUCAGUGCGCUAGCGUGUCUUUCUUUUAAAAAAAAAAAAACACAAAAUGGAGUUUAAAAAAAAAAAAAGAAUCUCGUGUUUGUAUAUAGUCCUUUAGAGAGAAAUCUUGUUUUGCUUUUUGUGUUUAAUCACUCGACCUAUACUAAGAGGAACUGAAGAUGCUGUAUUGAGGAUGUUACUAGCUGUGCCUUUCAAAUAAAGAAAUAAGAAGGUUGGUUAA